AGACCCAGUAGUUCGUGUGUGUAGAGAGGCUGCGAAGACUUAAUAGGCCCUAGAGAGACUUCUUCAAAUAAUCUUUUUCUUCGACAAUUCCCUCACAUGCUCUCUUUCACUCUCCACCCUUGAGGUAUUUUUUUUAUAGAAGAUUUCAGAACAAGGAAAAAGAGCUCCAUUUUCUCGAUCUUCAUCUUUGUUGUCAAAGUGCUAGGUGAUGGAAGAGCUCAACAAGGUGAUAGAAUCAUUCUACAAGCAAAAAACAUCACUUAUCGAUAAUAACAGCCCAAAUGAGAAGCACGAGAGAUGAUCUUUUCUCAAUUACGUCUUUCUAUAACGUAUUACUUGAAAGAGAACGGAGAUUUCCCUUACACUUCAAUUGUGUUACCAGAACUUCAAGGAAUUCACCUUUCUUCACUUGAAAAAUUACAUGGAAAGCCAUCUACGCAGCAGAAUUUGAGGAGUACGAUUUAUAAAAGUUGGCGUUUCAUAUGUAGGACUGCAGGUAGAGAGUGUUAAUAAUUGUUGCUACAUGGUUCGAGGCAAACAUGUUAUGGUGCAUAGUGUGGAAGGUGUUUGAAAUUGAAUUGGUGACAUCAAGAAUAGUUAGAGAGAUACUACUAGGGUGGAUAUUUAGAAGGAAGAGGCUGAGAAUGAGAUUGUUGAAAUUAGCUCCUUUGUUUCAUGUGGAUGAUAUAAACAAGAACAAACAGAAGAGCAUUUGAAGGAGUUGAAAGACCCUUGUAAAUAGUUUUAGGUGGGUAUUUAUUGGUGCAUCGGCAAGUUCAGUUCCCUCAUGGAAUUUGAUGGAAGACUUCCAAUAUAGUUUGUGUCUUAAAAGGUUCACUGAUAUUAUUGUUAAUCAUCCUUAAUUAGGCGAGGCUUAAGUGAUAUUAUCAGAUGUUUGCGCUUCACUGAUGCACAUUUGGAUGGUUAAAUUGGUUCUGCUUCUUUCGACGUGAUGCCAUGGUUGUUCACCAUCAGAAGUAGCAGUAGCAGACUAGCUGUAGCAUGCUGUAUAAAGUCAAAGCUAGUAGAAGUUGGAGACUUGGGAUAACAAAAGAGGUAGGAGAGAAGAAUAGGAGUAUAAGAAGAAGGGGCCAUUAUUCAACACUAGAGAAUUGGUCAAAAGAAAUUUGGGUCUUCAAAUAUGCUUCAUGAAAGAACUUAAAUAUUGCUGAUAUUUGCUAUCAAGGGCCACUAUGGGUGAAAAUGCAAAAAGGCGAAAGUCUUUGUGGGAUGCUGAAGAAGAGAGUCCAAAUAGUCCGAAAUAUGAGGAAUGGGGACCUCCAAAAGCCGACAAUUCAUGGCAGUCCAAAAGUAGAUCUGGUUGGUCGUCUGGGGACAAUGUUACGGGACCUGAAGAUUCGAGGAAGGAAAACUAUCAUUACAAGAGCAUGUCUCCAGCUUUUGAAAGGCGGGGAAGGCGAAGCAAUAGCCACUCUCCAGAUAAUGGUCGGGCCCAGUCUCGCAGAUACCCCGGUAGAGCCAGGAGCAGGAGCCGGAGCAGGAGCCGGGGAAGGGGAGAAGGUAGGAGCAGGAGUCGCAGCAGGGGACGGGACAGGUUUAGGACCAGGAGCAGAAGCAGGAGCAGGAGCAGGAGCAGGAGCCGGGACAGGGGUAGUAUGAGAGUUCAGAAUAGGAGUCGUAGUCCUCCUCACAGUUCUAAACGUGAUCCAUAUGCAUCAGGUGAUAGAAGAACUGGCCUUCAUAUAUCUUCCCAGGUAUGCAGAAAUUUUGCAGCGGGGAAUUGUAGGAGAGGCAGUGAUUGCAGGUUCGUUCAUCCAGAUGCUGCCAGUCAUAGGGAUGGAGGUCAUUCAGAGGACAACUUAUCAGAAAGAUUGGGCAGUCGACCUGAGCGUGGGCAUGUCUCAAGGUAUAAUGAUAGUGAAGGUCCUGGGUACCAAUCAAGGGACAGGCUUCCUGACAUGCAUCAUUUGGAGGAUGAGCUGCACAGAAACCGGAGUAGAGGUACAAUUACUUGCAGGAAUUUUGUGAAAGGCAACUGUCGCUGGGGUGCAUCAUGCAGAUUUUCUCAUGAUGGGGCCUCAGGUGAUACCUAUGACAAAGGCACUCGGAGUACAUCCUUUGAUCAUGGUCAGGACAAUCAAGCAACCAGAACCGGAAAAUCACUUUGUGAGUACUUUGCAGCGGGGAAGUGCUAUAAGGAUAAUUGCAAAUUCUCUCAUGAUGCCACAUCAAGAAAUCAUGAAAUUAGGCCCUCAGAUGACAUUGGUGGCCAUAGGUUUGAUGACAAGAAUAACUGGUUAGAUGGUCCAAAGUGGGAUAAUGAAGCAAGGCCCUCGGACCUUGUAAAGGCUAGUGGGUGGGAUGAAAGUGUUGUGAGAAAAGAUACUGCUGUCACAGUUCUUACGGAUAGGACCACUGAAAGACCUGGUCAUAAUUUCGAAAAUGAGAACAGAGCCUGGGGAACAGAACCACAAUUUAUGAAUUCUGACACAGAGAGAGGUGUUUCCCCUCACAGGGGCAGUGCUGGUCAUGUUAAUGCUUUGAACAUUUCAGAAUCUUCUGUUACACAAAACUUUGCAAAUGCUCAAGAUAUUCAUUUCACUUCCCAAGCUUCUAAUCUAAAUAUGGAGAGAGCUUCAGCACAUGUCCUUGGACAUAAUUCAAAUCAAGGAGCUCCAGGCAUCAUUCUAUCUGCCACUGCCACUCAGCCUUAUGGAUCUGCUGGAUCUUUUGUACAGCCACACGGACUGACAGAAGAUAGCAUUGCCAGAACACUUGGCUCUAAUGCAGUAAAUGAAUUUAUGAAUCCUAGAGAUAGUGUUCAUCACGUCCGUUUGCCUGGGCAGAGCUUCAGUGGAACAGGUUUUGGUAUGAGCUCUGAACAUUCUGCAGUUCUGAAUGGAACACACCAAGAACAGAAUGUGUUCUUACCUAUCCCAUCAGCUGGCCACAAUAAGAGAGAAGAACCUGGCACACCAGAGAUGCUGGAGUUCAAAGUCCCACAAAAUCUUUCCGGUACUGUUACUGGUGAGCAAGUACAUCAAAUGGAAACCUCUCCAGCAUCUAUGAUAAAGAAAUUUGAGGAAGGACUGAGGGAAGCCCAACUACAAAGUGUCUUAAAUCCCUCUGGUCCUUCUGGAAUGCUACCUUCAAAUCCCAUUUCUUCACUUGUUCAUGCUCUAUAUGGUCAGACCAAUCCUGAGAUGAGGGUUCCAGAUAACUACCACCCCCCAGAUGGCUUAGAGCUGAAUACAUCUGGCAACUUUAAGUUGCCCCCUGACAAUUCGUUCUAUUUGGAUAGAGAUAGUAAUAAGGUUCAUAUGGACCAAAUGAAUCAAACUUCUACUGUUGAUCCUGAACUUGGAAAUAAUGAUCAAAUUGAUGAAGUGAAGCAGCAGGAGAAUAAAUUAGUUGAAGUGGAUGGAAAGGAUAAACUAGCUCCCGAGGAGUCCAAGGAUGUGCAAGAAAAUGAUCAUCCAGGAGCUAUGGAUCUGCAUGGAAAGGUUGAAGAGGGAAGCGGUAACAAAGAUGAAAAGGUGAUGCGAUUAUUCAAAAACGCUCUAAUAGAGUUUGUUAAAGAGAUCCUAAAACCCAUAUGGAAAGAAGGUAAGAUGAGCAGAGAAGUUCAUAAAACAGUUGUUAAGAAGGUGGUUGAUAAGGUGACCGGUGCAAUUCAAGGAGAACAAGUCCCUAAGACGCAAGAGAAGAUAGAGCAAUAUCUGUCCUAUUCAAAGCCUAAAAUUACCAAACUUGUACAGGCAUAUGUGGAGCGACUUCUGAAGAAUGAAGCUUGAGAUGCCGUACUCCCCUUCUCUUCUGGACAAAUCAAAUUCAAUAAGGACUUGAUUUUCCAACAUGUACUAGAAGGUUUAGCUAUGUUAGAUAUCUUUGUUUGCUGAAAUCACAUAUCCUCAUAGUUUUCACUAGUGUGAUAGAUUUGGUUUAGCAAGCCGUUAUAUGUUAUUCCGACCAUUUAUUUUCUGAUUUACCCAUGUUUGAGCAUUAUAUGUAAUUGGCCUUCCCUUCUUACAGAUUCAAUCACAUGGUAGUUUCCUUUCUUAGUUGUGCUGAUUUCUCAGUCUACCUGCUUAUUAGCUUGUCCGUUUUCUUGUUGAGUCGAUUGUAGUUCUAACUUCUUUAUGAUUUUAUUAAUGAGUACCUUUGUUUGUCUGA